GUGACCCUCCAUUCGACGAUCUGCGCCCAGAGCUGGCGGUACUCGCGUGCCGACGCUCACUUAGAAAAUGAAUCGUGGAGGGGCCAGGAGAGGCCAUCUAUCUAAGAAGAUAGCAAAUGUCAAGCUCCGCCCAGUCGCCCCAGCAGCCCGCAACAUUGACGGCGUCGACGAUGCGGCAGAGUCGUCACACACAGCAGCCCGACGGGGACGAGAAGAACGGGAGGAUGCGCUGAUGCGAAAGUCCGUGCUCGAGGGCGGCGAGGGCGAAGACGAAGAUAAUGGGGCUCAGGGUAAUGCUCGAAUGGACGCGCAAGAUCAAGAGCAUGCGCUGCCUCUUGCAGGCCUUGUCAUUUGCCUGACUGGCAUCGAUCAGCACCGCGACAGGGUCGCGUCUCACAUCCAAAGUCUCGGUGCAAGGCACGAGAAGGACUUGACAGAAGAUGUAACGCACCUCAUUGCCAACAAGCCUGGAAGCCAAAAGUACCGUUGCGCCGUCCGACUUGGCAUGAAGGUCGUCACGACCGCCUGGCUGGGCGCGAUCAUGGAGUGCUGGCUCGAGGCGAACACUGCGGACCUCGAAAAGAUAUCCAGGUUGCAUUCCAUGAAACCUCUUGAGGGACUCAAGAUUGCCAUGACAGGCUUUGCGGAGGGUCCAUCCUCUUUCGAGCUGUCGCGUCGAGUCCAGGCACUAGGAGCAGACUUCUGCCCUUCCUUUUCGAUGGAAGCGGGCGUUACGCACGUACUCAGCGGUACCGACGACAUACGCAAGUCUAAGACGCUCGAGUUUCUAAGCGCAAGACGCGAUCGCCUCAGAAAGAACUGGCAAGGCAAGCAGUCUCAAAUGGACAGCACGCCUUGGGUCGUGCGGGCUGCGUGGGUGGAAGACUCUGCAGAGGCCGGCGUAUGCAUGGAGGAGGAGGAUUAUGAAGUUUGGAUCAAUGCGCCGCCGAUGAACAAGAAAGAGGCGUUGAUCGAGGAGCUACGCAAACAGCAAGCCAAAAUGGACAAGACCAUCGAAGGCAGGAUGAGAGCAGCAAGGGAAGCCUUGCGCAAGCGAAAGUUUGCCGGGGAUGGUGCGCUCCUCGUCGAUAACAAAAAGCGAUUAAAGCGAGGCGGCAGCAUGGGUCUCGACGAUGCUGCUGAAGCGCCCAAUCGACUUAAAAGCGUCGUCGAUCAGAUCACAGAGGCGUCCAAGCUGGCAGUCGCAGAGACUACCCUGAACAAGAAAUCCAAGUGGGGAAACACUGAAUCGAGUAGUGGCAGCGGGCUGCAAGCCAAAGCGAACAAUCCUUCCCCGGGAAGUGCGAAUCCGGCUUUCGCACCAAAUUCUUUAAAAGGUCCGGGCUCAGUUCCACCCGAGUCACGACAGCCCCUCUCUGCAUCGCAAGAGACAAGCUUGGGACAACAUGCUUUGGACAAAGGUGCUUGCUUGCCGCCCGAUCAGCCCCAAGGCGAAGCGUCUGCGAGCGCAACAGAUGCGGACACAGGAAAGGGCAAGAAGAUAGAAGGGUCUCAAUCCGUGCAGCCAUCUCAGCCAAUUCAAUACCUGGCUGGUGUUUCGGCACGCUUCGAUAUGGACUCUCCUGACCCCCACAAGGUGUCACGCAUGAAGGAAGCGAUGAAGGUUGCAGGGGCAACAGUAAUGGAAGAUGCGGAAACCUCUGUCCAGUACACCAUUGUGCCCCUCGUCUACUCAGCGGCACCGCAGCCGCAUCAGGGCCAAUUAGUCACUGUCCUGUGGCUGGAGCAGUGCAACUUCUCCCGGCGGAUCGCAGAUCCAGGUGAAUUUGUCGGACUCCGGCCAACGAAGGUACCUCUACCUCUACCUCUGCUGACUUCAAGUGCCGUACAAGUCCACUACACCGGCUUUCCCGUCAACGGCCCCUCACGACUCUUCAUCAGCACGAUACUCCAGGAAAUGGGCGUGUACGAGUCUUCAUCAUUCAACAAAAAGGACACGCACCUGCUCAUCGCAGAUGAUACACCGGAUGAUAAUGCCAAGGUGAUAAAAGCCAAGAAAUUCGGCACAGAGAUUGUCAAGCUUGAUUUUCUCGAACGGUGUUUCCAAGAAGGCAUUAUUGAUCCGCCUCCACGUCCGCGCAGCAGCCGCUCGCAGUGUUCCGUGUCGCCAGCCCCACCCACGGCACUGCCGAAGGGCAAACACCCGGCGUUUGCUAGCACAAUGGCGCAAUUUACCAGCUUCAGUACUCAGACAUCUUCCUCUGAGGCCAGCUUCGGCACCACUACCGCAUCCAAAUUGGGUGUGAAGGAUCGUACUGUCGCUAGGCGGGCAGCGGCGACAUCUGCGUUGGCAGAGCAAAUGAAAGCUGCGCUCGACAGGAGCGCCUCGUCGGCCGGCGUGGCGCAAGGCGGGAGGCGACGUCCACGACCUCGCAGUGCGCGACCGCAAGGUAGCGACCGCGCGAGGCAACGCUCUUUGUCUGUGCUUGACAUCGAUAGCGAUGUACCGAUCGUUGAGCACGAGCCUGUGGCAGUAGGGAUGAAUGAGGAUCGACGAGGGGCGGAGGACAGGGAUAGUGACGGAGAAGAUGCACCACCACCUCUGCCUCAGCAGACGCAGGUGCUGGUUUCGUACGACAAUCCGAGGGCGCGGCGUGAGCAGCGGAAGCUGAUGGCUUUGAUGAGUGGGACGCCACGUGAGGCCGCAUCCACCGAGUCACGGUCCACAGCAACUGCGCUUCAAGCACCAGCCGCGCCGCAUGGCCAAGACACGGGCUCGACGACGGGAGCCAAGAGCGGUGAAGCUCCUGAGAAGGUUGUGGCAGCGCCACCGCCUAGAGACACGCGUCGAACGCGAUCGGCACACGACACCAAGCCAAUUAGGGCUCGGAACCAGCUAGGCAUAUCGAGGAAAGGAUAAAUUGGAUGU